CAAAACAAUAUUGUUCUUCCAUGGCGUCAAGUUUGGGCUACCUCACUCGCAAGGAAACGGAAGUAAAGCUUCCUAAAGCUACGUGGGUGAAGAACAAAACCCCAGCGCCCAUACAAAUCACAGCGGAGCAAAUCCUCCGCGAAGCUAGAGAACGUCAAGAGUCCGAAUUCAAACUGCCAAAGCAGAAAAUCAGUGAUCCAACAGAGCUAGCAGAUUACCGUCUACGUAAGAGAAAGGAAUAUGAGAGUUUAGUUAGCCGUGUUAGUUGGAAUAAGAGUGUGUGGGUGAAAUAUGCUAAGUGGGAGGAAUCACAAGAAGACUUCAAGCGUGCUCGUUCUGUAUGGGAACGUGCACUUGAUCAUCAUUGCCGUGAUCAUACAAUGUGGUUGAAGUAUGCCGAUAUGGAGAUGAAGAAUAAGUUUGUUAAUCAUGCUCGUAAUUUAUGGGAUCGAGCUGUUGACCUUUUGCCUAGGGUUGAUCAGUUGUGGUACAAGUAUAUUCAUAUGGAAGAGAUGCUCGGUAAUGUGGCUGGUGCCAGACAAAUUUUCGAGAGGUGGAUGGCAUGGAUGCCGGAUCAGCAAGGGUGGUUUUCUUAUAUUUAGUUUGAGUUAAGGUAUAAUGAAGUAGAGAGGGCAAGAGAAAUUUUCGAGAGAUUCGUGGAAUGUCAUCCGAGAGUUGGUGCUUGGAUUAGGUUUGCGAAAUUUGAGAUGAAGAAUGGGGAGAUAGGGAGGGCGAGGGAUUGUUAUGAGAGGGCUGCAGAUAAAUUGUCCGGCGAUGAGGAAGCUGAGCACUUGUUUGUGGCAUUUGCGGAGUUUGAGGAGAAAUGUAAGGAGAUAGAGAGGGCAAGGUGCAUAUAUAAGUUUGCACUUGAUCGAAUACCAAAAGGGCGAGCUGAGGAUUUGUACAGGAAGUUAGCAUUUGAAAAACAGUACGGUGAUAAGGGAGGUAUUGAGGAUGCUAUAGUUGGAAAAAGGAGAUUUCAGUGUGAGGAUGAAGUGAGGAAGAAUCCACUUAGUUAUGAUACGUGGUUUGAGUAUAUUCGACUGGAAGAGAGCGUUGGAAAUAAAGAGGGGAUUAGAGAGGUUUAUGAGAGAGCCAUUGUUAAUGUUCCUCCUGCUGAAGAGAAGCGGUAUUGGCAGCGAUACAUUUACUUAUGGAUUAAUUAUGCAUUAUAUGAAGAGGUCCAAGCACAAGACAUGGAAAGGGCCAGAGAUGUCUACAGGGAGUGUCUUAAGCUGAUUCCGCAUAAGAAAUUUUCGAUUGCAAAGAUUUGGUUGCUGGCUGCCCAGUUUGAGAUUAGGCAGUUAAGAAUCAAGGAGGCACGGCUUUUACUUGGACAAGCGAUUGGAAGGGCUCCUAAAGACAAGGUAUUUAAGAAGUACAUUGAGAUAGAGCUGCAUCUCGGAAACAUAGAUCGUUGCAGAAAGCUUUAUGAGAAGUACUUAGAAUGGUCACCAGAAAAUUGCUAUGCUUGGAGCAAAUUUGCCGAGUUAGAGAGGUCCCUGAAUGAAAUGGAGCGAGCCAGGGCUAUUUUUGAGCUUGCAAUUGACCAACCUUCACUGGAUAUGCCAGAGUUACUAUGGAAGGCUUAUAUCGACUUUGAAAUCUCUGAGGGUGAAUUUGAAAGAACUAGAGCACUCUUCGAAAGACUUCUUAACCGCACGAAACACUUGAAGGUGUGGAUAAGUUUUGCGAAGUUUGAGGCCUCAGCUAUGGGUUCAGAGGUUGAACAAGAUAUUGUACAGACAAAAAACUACCUGCAACGUGCCAGAGAUGUUUUUGAAAGGGCUGUUUCUUACUUCAGAAAUUCAGCGCCUGAACUGAAAGAAGAAAGAGCCAUGCUUAUGGAAGAAUGGCUAACUAUGGAAAGCGGUUUUGGUGAGCUUGGGGAUAUUAAUUUAGUCCGUUCGAAACUACCAAAGAAACUCAAGAAGAGAAGGAAAAUAGACAUGGAAGAUGGUCCAUCCAUGUACGAGGAGUACAUCGACUAUCUUUUCCCUGGGGAAACGCAGAGCACCAAUCUGAAGAUCUUGGAAGCUGCUUAUAAAUGGAAGAAGCAGCGGGUUGCAUCCGAGGAGGAUUAGCCAGAUUCUCUGUUGCUUUCAUUAAUUUAAUUUUCUGAAAUGUGGUUAGCACAUUUAUGUUCUUUUUGUUUUCCCCUUACUGUGCUGUAUUAAAUGUUGAAACAGUAUCCUAUGAUCCUGGAUGUUUUAAUGAAUUAGCAAAUAGCAGUCUUAAGCUUGAUAUCCAAUUUAACUGAAUAUGUAGUGCAUAGAGUCGUGACAACU